UUGAAGUCCCUAGAUUUUGGAUUAUGGGCGACAGUGCCACCGGUGGCGCUUUCCCGAAGUGCUAUUUCAAAUCGAACCUUCAACGGUAAUUUAUCAACAACCAAACUUUAUGCACAAAGUGUGAAUUUGAUUUAUCACGGGGCGACCUUGCACUUAAAUGGACUCGUUUACGGAGAAUCUCCUAACUCGGGCGAGGGAGCGUCAGAGACUCCUCGAAGACUACAACAGUGACUUGAGGAAGACUCCCCCUCGCAGCGGUAAAGUAACGUUGUCUCAACCUAACUUAAGCUCGAAUUCGCCCAAGUUGGAAGCCAAUUCCAAGUCUGAAGGUAAUUUGCCAACAGUUACACGCACUCACAUCUCAUCCGAUUUCACCUCUCAUAAAAGCCUAAAUAUACAAAACGAUAGUUUUAACAUGGAAAUUAAAGUAAGUUCGGCUGAUAAUGUUCAUGUUGAAGUGCAAAUUGAGGAGCAGAGUGAUGAUGAUAGGAGUGACGGGGGUCUGAGACAGGAUGCUAAAAAUAGGCUAAAUCGGUUGGGGAAAUUGUAUGCAGGGGGCGACGAUGCGGACAUUUCUUCGCCAAUUCAUCAGACAGAAGCUAGAUUUUGUGCACAUGGGUCUCCAACGAAAACACCGGCAGAAAACGGAAGGAAUAAGAGGGGGCUGAGCAAACUGGCCGACUUGGCACAGAGGGUCAAUCAGUUUGAGGACGACUUGACUCCAGUGCGUAAAGAGCGGGACAAUUCUCCUGCCAAAACAAAAAAAUCGUGGAAACCCCCAGCCCCCAAGCCCCCAGAACCAAAAACCCCAAACACGCCACCAAAAUCAGCGACAAAAUACAAAGCCCCAGAACCACCCAUCAAAGAUCAAGAAAAACAAGAACAGAAGAAAAUAAAUUGGGAUAAGAAAGUGCUCGAUUCUCUCGAAUCGCAAGGCUUCCAGCGGACAGAAUCCAGCUCUAAAUUGGUGUACAAAUACAAGGCGCAACAACAAAACAAAGAAAAUGAACAAGCAACCACAAAACCCGCCUCUUCUCCCCAAAAAAGUAAAAUUGCUGAUAAAGCGGCCUUCUUUGAAUCAAGUCCCAACAAACAGCCAAAAGAUCCGGCUUUGUUAUCAGUUUCGGAAAGGAAAGCCCUGUUUGAGAAAAACAAAGGCGCAGCUUUGGUGCCCAAAGCCCCAUUUGCUAUGGCAACACCUAUCAAAAAAGAUGUCCCGAAAGAAAAAAAAGUCCCUGCGCCACCAUCACCAAAAAAAGAAGUGGCGACACCAAGGGGCGAAGGAAUUGCGAAUAAAGUUGCGGCUUUGUUUGAGCAAAAAAGCACAAUUUCGCAGGAACAGAUUGAGAGUAAUGUGAGGGAGCAAAGGCAGAAAGAAAUGGAUUUGUUGUUGAAUAGAUUCCAUAAGAACAAUGACGAGGAGGAGUUUGAUGAUGAUACGGAAGAAACGGCCAUGAUUGAGGAAAAAUCGGCGAAGAAAGUUGCUGUUGUUAGUCCGAAGGAAAAAAGGAGCAGUGGCAAAAGAAGCCUUACAGGUAAAGGCGAUAGUCCGAAAGUGGCGGCUGUUCUAAGCGAAGUGAAGCGAAUCAAAGUGGCGUCGCAGAAAACAGGCCGAUUAUACCCAAGUUUGACGGAUAUUGAGUCAGUGACUGAGACUGAGAAUGAGAGUCCGAGUCCAACAACAAACAGCAGCGACAACAGUUUUGCUGAAUCUGACGAUGCUAAUACCAGUUUCGGUCGAGAUAUUCUGCGAGCGGUUUGCCAGAAUCAAACGCCACAAAAAAGACAAAUAAUGGACGAGAGUGCGAGCGAUAUGUCCGAUGUAUUGGACGAUAUGGACGAUUACAUCGACGAAGCUUUGGCUUACAAUGGCCACAAAGACGGUCCAACACCGCCUAAGCAAGAGCGAAAAUCGCCAGUUGAAACGUCCAAUUCCUUCAACUACAAAAGCUUCCAACCGGAAUUUAAAACCCCGACUAAAAUCACACCACCUGACCAACUCCCAACCCAUGUGGUAGACGGCGAUAAUCUCCUUCCUCUCACCCACACUGUGAGUUUUUACCGCAAACAGCAAACGCAAGUAUCGACACCGCCCGUACGACAAGUAAUCCGGGCAAUGUCGGUUGAGGAAUCCCCGGAAGAAUCCGCGGAAGAGGAGCAAAUCCGGGCGAAAAUUCGCGAGUUGCGAAACGAAGUGAGUAAGCAAGAAAUGAUCAUUUCGCAAACGAGUCAAGCGCUCAAUUUGUGCAAUUCCACACCGGAGUUUAUGGGAUCGACUGAACAAGUUGAAGCAGAGAGAGUGCUUCUUGUUGCAACACAUCGGCGACAAGCCGCAAUUCUUGAAAGUCAAAGACUUGAAGUCGAAAAAACACUCAAAGCGCAAACGGAGAGAAGCGGACAAUUUCCACUAGAAAAAGGCACUUUGACGUUGUCUAAAAUCGUGCUUCCGCUCAAACACAAAUACGUCACUGCGCUUUCUGCAGCUGGAGGUAAAGGCCACCAUGUCGUAUGCCUCACAAAAUACUCGGACCAAGUCCUACCAACGCAACUCGUCUCCACAAUCGCCUCAAACAGCAAAAACCCAGAACUUGAGUUACAAAUCCCGGGCACAAUCACUUUCAAAAAUGUCUACAGCGACUUUGCUGUGACAUUUGAAGUGUACUGUCUUCAAGCACAAGAGGAGAUUCUCCCACAUGAAGUCAAGUAUCACAUCAAAAAACCCAACACUAAAUUAACACCGAAAAAAACAAAAGAUUCACGCUUGAUGCGACCAAUCAAAGAAUCACCAGCUGGACCACAAGUGGUGCGAUCCCCAACGUUUGCAUUGAUGGGUUACGUCGUCUUUUCACUAAAGACGAUUAAUCAGAAACAUUGGUCUUUGAUUAAUACACCGUCAAUGAGUCCGUUGGAAGGUACUGUUGAAAUGUCACUUUCCUACGAAUUGUCAGUGACAAUUGAGCAUCGCGGAUUUUUAACAAUGUUUGAAGAUGUUUCCGGGUUUGGGGCUUGGCAUCGUCGGUGGUGUCUGUUAAAAGGCGACACUUUGAGCUACUGGAAAUACCCAGAUGAUGAAAAGAAAUCUCCACCGAUUAAUUCGAUAAGUUUGCGAGACGCAAUCACGAAACAAGUGGGCCCUGUUAGUCGGGAAAUUUGUGCUCGGCUUCACACUUUUCUUAUUGAAACUCAACGUGAAGCACUUUCUCAUGACAAAGAAAGUUUGGUGACCGUUCGAAAGGGGUCCAAAACUAUCAUCAGACAUCUCCUCUCCGCUGACACUAAAGAAGAGAGGAUCGAGUGGUGCAACAAAUUUAAUUCGGCCUUGGCCGCCAUUAAUUUUACUAACAAGUAAUUUUUAUACUUUAUAUAAUCUAUUUUAUAUUUUUAUCAGCUAGUUGUAUAAAUAUUUUAACAAGCAAAUGACAUAAUUGUUAUAAAAUUUAUUUGUAGUGAUACAAAAUUAUUGAAGCAUAAGUUUUAAACACAAUAUACGUUUUAAGUAAA